GAGCUAGAAGAGAAAGUAAAAAUCAUCGUAGUCCAAUCCCUCGCUUUACGGAGAAGAAAGCCACGGUUCCGACUUGUCGGAGUUUCUCUGGGACUUAAUUGUCGACAAGUCGGCCAGUCUGAGGUGCGAAGUUUCUUGGCCUGGAAGACGGGUUGCUCGAAGUGCCAGAUGCAAGCAGGGAAGCCCAUCCUCUAUUCUUAUUACCGAAGUUCCUGCUCCUGGAGAGUUCGAAUCGCUCUGGCCUUGAAAGGGAUUGCCUAUGAGACGAAGCCCAUCAACCUCAUAAAGGAUGGGGGCCAGCAGUUCUCUGAAGAAUUCCAGGCACUGAAUCCCAUGAAGCAGGUCCCAGCCCUGAAGAUUGAUGGAAUCACCAUUUGCCAGUCGCUGGCCAUUAUCGAGUACCUGGAGGAGACUCGGCCCACCCCACGCCUUCUGCCUCAGGACCCGAAGAAGAGGGCCAGCAUGCGCAUGAUUUCCGACAUCAUCGCUGGAGGCAUCCAGCCCCUGCAGAACUUGUCUGUCCUGAAGCAAGUGGGACAGGAGAAUCAGCUGACCUGGGCCCAGACGGCCAUCAGUUCUGGCUUUAAUGCUCUGGAGAAGAUCCUGCAGAGCACGGCAGGGAAGUACUGUGUGGGAGACGAGGUUUCUGUGGCUGAUUUGUGUCUAGUCCCUCAGGUGGCAAAUGCCGAAAGGUUCAAGGUGGAUUGCAUUCCCUACCCCACCAUCAGCCGCAUCAACAAGACACUGCUGGCCUUGGAGGCCUUCCAAGUGACCCACCCUUGCCGGCAGCCAGAUACACCCCCUGAGCUGAGGGCCUAGCUCCCAAGCCCUGUUCCACUGAUUAUGGGGUCUGGCCCCUGGAACCUAUGGACGAGGAAGAGAAAUAAGCCCAAGCCUGCCUGAAAGAAUCAGACAGGAUCCAGGAAGAGACUACCAGCUGAGUUCCCAAGGCUAGGCAAGAUACCAUCGUUAAGUGUUCCAUUCCCGCACUGAGAGGGAAGUUGGCCCUCUCAACUCAGUCCCUCACUUCCAGGAGCAGCAUCCUCUGGACCAGCCCCAGGACUGGGCACUUGGCAUAAGAUCCGGUCGUGAAUGGUCCUGGGAACUGGAGGCAGGCUUCUCUGUGGGCAUUGUGAGAAGCUACUGACCAGACCAGUUCAGGAGACCGACCAGGCCACAAUUUAUCGUCAGCUUUGAGGGAACAAGUUCCCGUCCCUGGCUGUGUCCAACCAUAACCAGGAUCACCUCUUGGCAGAGAUGUCGGGAGAUUGCAGUAGUUGCUGGGGUGAAACAAGAUGACCGUUUACAUCCCAUAUCUGAGGUUCCAUUUCCCUUGCAUGGCUGAGGUGCAACAGGAAUUUAGAUACAUGUGUCUGGUUCAAAUGGAAGCCACCUUUCUCAGCCCCGAGUCCCUUUGCCCCAGCCCCAGUCCCAGGGCACCCCUUCUCAUCCUGGGCUACUUUGUGGCCUCUCCUUCUUUGUUAGAUGACCUGGGUUCCAGGCUGCAGAAUGACCAAAGUGGAUCACACUUUCCCCCCUCAGGUGGGUUUGCAGGGCAAAGCAGAGGAAAGGAGACAAGGCAUAAAAUGAUGAGAAAGACUCAGUGGUACCUCCUGCCUGGCUGCCAUCUUGACUCUUUUUCCCUCAAAUUAUUCCAAACUUAAUUGGUAAGGUAAAGUCACCUGGGCUCUGUCCAAGAAACCUUUACUUGAGACCAGGGAUGAGGAAUCCUUGCCUCCUGACUUGGACAUUUGAAACAAGGUGAUUAAAACGCCUGUGGUUUCCAGAGGAUGAAUCUAGUGGAAAGGAGGUGGCCCCCUACAGUUCCCAUGGCUGUGGGCCUCCCUGGCCCUGGCGAGAUGGUGGGGUCAGAGGAGCAGCAGGCAAGUUGCGGGAGCUGGGGUUGGCCAGAAGAAGUGCUGCUGCCACCUUCCCAGGACUACAGAGGCAGGUGGCUCUGCUUCUCACCUGUAGGCUCCUGUGUGAACCCAUUUUCAACAUGCUGGGGUUACCAGGACUCCCCCAUCCCCUUCCCAAACUCAUCUCCAGGCAACAGAGAAGCCCAAGAGACUUCUGGCAAGGGAAGGGGGGGGCAGAUAGAAUCCAUAUCUAGGAGACGAUACAGAAACACGUAUAAUGCAGUACACUCCCACUGCCUUGAACUAAUUCUGGAGAGAACUAGGUAUAAUGAGAGGAUGAACUGGGAUUUUUUCCAGGAAGAAAACAAUCUGGUGGCUGUCCUAUUCCAACUUCUCUCCAUUCAGUCACCACCAGCAGGCAAUGAGCCCUUCCAGGUGACCCCCACUGAGCCGGGGCUGGGAUGCAUAGAUGUUGGACAGGGCAUACAACUGCCAUGACCCCUGUUCUUACUGAGUUUAGGUUCCCCCAGUGGUUCCUGAAAAGGACAACUUAUUUGACUGGCUCUAACUCUACUGCUCCACACUGUUUCUGUUGUCUAUCUGCUUGUCUGUCUGUCCCAAGAUAACUUCUAAGAGUUGAAAUAUUUAAACUCAAUUAGGCCUCCCCUUAGAAGUUAUCAAAAUACCAACCUUUUAACCUGAGGCUCCAUCAGCCAUCCUAAAACUGGAGGUAAAGGCCUAAUGGAGUUUAAGGAAAUCUAAACCAGAUAAAGAGGUGAUGCAACCUCUAUUAUCAAACAUUAUGAAAAACCAUCCUUCAUCUAAUGCACAAAAUUCAUCUUUCCUAGGCAGGUUCCAUAGUUUAACAGUUUUCUGAUAUGUGUCAAGUGUGAUGUGAAUAGAAUAAUCAGAGCUGGGUUGAUUACUCUUGGCUGAGAGAAGGUAGAGCAAAUGCUGUGACUUUUCCUCUGGCCUCAGCAUGGAAGCAUCAGAGAUGCUUGGAGUCCAUGACCUUUCUCUGAGGCCCUCCUUUCUCAUAUUUCUCGAACCCAGGCAAACCUGAUCUUCCCCGAUAAAAACAGAAAUGUGUUUAAGCCAAAAAAAAAAAAAAAAAAAAAACACCUCACUCUAGGCUCCUUCAAGGUGACUCACCUGGAAAAUGUUGGGUUUUGGGGAGCAUCCCCCCACCCUAUCAAUUACCUGUGCUUCCUAGAGGAAGUUACUCAACCUUGGUGGGUCUCGGCUAAACCAGGCUUCAGAGGACAAUAACCUGUCUCCUUAUUUCAUGCUGUUUUUGUGAAGGAGAUUUCUGUAGUUUAGAGCUAGAUCCUAAGACUUGGAGCACUCUACACAGUUCAUAGCAACACAGCUGGUCUCAAGACCAAGGCUGAGAACUCUCCUGGCCCCUUCAUCUAGAACCAGUGGGAGAGACUUGAUCCGUAAGGGCUUCUGACAACUUUUCUGUUAUCUCUUGUGGGCUUCAGAGAUUAGGGCUGUGAAGUCAGGGAAACUGGGAGAAUGGAACUAGGAGGGCUGAGAAGGUAGGACCAGGGGAGCCACCAGCUCCACAUGAACUGAGGGAUGGAAAGAGGUCGGGAGGUGGGGAGAGGAGAGGAUGAGUAGAGGUUCUGGUCACACUGAAUGGUCAUGGUUCACAAGAAGCAGCAGCAUUUUUUUUCUGGUUUCUGGGCCUGCAGUAUUGAGAGAGUGAGGCUAUCUUGUGUUCCCCAGCCCUGGGCCUCAAUGGAUUCCAGUUCAUCCACAUGGUCAGCUGUCCUGUUGCUCAGGGAUGUGGAGACCUGAGGUUUUGGAGGCUUUGGCCUCUCCCUACAGAGAACCCUCCUCCAGGGACCUAGGGCUGGCUGCAUGGGAGAGGCAAAAACCCUCUUCUCUAUUCUCGGAGGAACUUAGCUUUGCCCUAGAGAGUAAGAGAAUGUAGCAUAUCUAAACCAUCUUCCUGCAUGAGAGCAGAGUUCCUUCAACCUCUGUUACGUUGGCAUCUAGCAAUGUGACUAGCCUUGCUUCAUAAAUGUGUUGGAUCGAAAGAUGCCCUGCCUGGACAACUGUGACUGACUACCUGCUCUGUCCCCUCCAUGAGAGUCCCUCAACUCCCAUUUCCCUGUAAUUCCUCUCUCAGAGGCUCUGGAGGAUCAUAAAGGAGCAAUUAUUUCCAGCAGCGCAUAGACUUUUCUGUAGAGGUUAGGCUUCAAGACUUGGCAAUAAUUAAACUUCUAUAAAGGGCUUUGAAAACUAGCUCCCCCGCAGCUCUCUCAAAUAUGCAAAAAAAAAAAAAAAAAAAUUCUUAUUUUCAGGGAUCAGAUGUAUCUCUCCCAGUCCAAAACCAUCAACUUUUUAGGAACUUUCCAGGAGGAGCUUCUCCCUCAAAAGGCUGAGUGUGUGGUAAAAGUCAAGUCCUUCAUUAUUUCCCUAUCAGUUGUCAGAGGUGGGAAAAAUCAGGGGACACUGAUCCUGAUACACUGGGAGCCAUGAAAGAGCUGGUCUUCCUGGGUGCAGUGUGAGGGUUGGAGUAGCCUGAUACUGUAAAUGAGAUACGAGGGUCUUCCAACUCCAUGGAAGUAAUAAGUUCUGAAAAAUACUUUAGAAGGACAAAAGCAAAAGGGCAGAGCAAUCAGGAAAUACUUGAAACCAAAACAAAAAAUGUAGGAUUUUGUUUCAAAGAAAUUUUACAUAUCCUUUAAGGAAAGUAAUAAACUCAUUAGACAAGCAGAUGGAUAGGCACAUUCAUAAAUACUUGAUUGAAACUUUCUUGGCUACCCAUAACAUUUUUUUUUAAAUUUCCUCCUAACUUUUAAACAUAACUUCCUUAGUUCUUUAUUCCAAGGUCACAAGCAGGCAUCAUUCCCCUUUGGGAGAAUACUCUGAAUUAAGAUGACUGCUGAGUUGAAGCCAAAACUACAUGGGUUAGCAAACGUCAAGGCUGUAUGUCAAGAGCUGCAAUUCAUGAGCUACCUUAUAUAAUCCUAACUGAGUUAUGUUAAGGUCAAUGAUAUGACAGAUGAGUACUUUAAAAAAGUUAAAAAGUAAUCUUAAAUCUUAAAUGUAGCAGUGAUACAUUAACAUUCAGCAUACCCAAACAUAAAUCAUUAAAGAUUCCCGCUACA